CCCACCAUGCCUCUGGCUAGAGAUCUUUUACACCCUUCCUUGGAAGACGAAAAGAAAAAACAUAAAAAGAAACGGCUGGUUCAGAGCCCAAAUUCUUACUUCAUGGAUGUGAGAUGUUCAGGCUGCUACAAUAUUACUACAGUUUUCAGCCAUGCUCAGACAGUGGUUAUUUGUGUAGGUUGUUCAACAGCGCUGUGCCAGCCCACAGGAGGAAAAGCCAGGCUCACAGAAGGCUGUUCAUUUAGAAGAAAGCAACACUAA